AUGAGUGCCCAGAAUAAUGUCAGUUCUGUCUAUUUGGACAAUGUCGACUUCUUCAUAAACACGAGCAACAUGGUCAAUCUCUCUUGGCCAGACGUGUCGGAGGCAUUUGCCAAGCCCUUGAUGCUCAAUUCGUUUCCCAUCUCUGGCUACGACUGGACUCAGCCUUACCCAGGAAAGGGUCUUGUUGACGGCCAUGGUGUGCGUCUUUCGAUAACUGACGAUUUUACUAUUGAUGACAGGAGGGAUGUGGAAAACUCGACCACAAUCCUGACUUCGUUGACCUUUAGCAUCCCUGAACACAUGAGGCGUAACGGAAAAGCCUUACCCAUGGACCCAUCAUGGUAUAUCUGCCGCCAUAUCUUUAUUUCGACCAAUCCCGAGGCCAAAAAAUCUGCUGAUAGAGGCAAAUGCGGAACAAUCACUCAGGAAUGUGCGAAUGACCUUGCUGCCGACUUGACCUGGGAUUGGGGCUACGCAAACGAUGAUUCUAUGUGCUCGCAGCGGAUAGGCCAUCCUAUUCCGAACAAUUGCGUCGGCUCACUUGGUUAUUCUAUUCAGGAUAUUCUAGUUGCCAACAGCACUAUUGUGGCCGAUCCUGUGCUAGGGCCUCUCCAGACAAGCGGGAAGCAGCAACAAAACAGCUGGCGUAUUGGAACUGGCUAUCACCGUCCUCGUGAUCCUCUUGCCUUUGAAAAAGCCUAUAACAGAACCUACCUCGUGGCUACUGUUUGGGGCUUCAGCAGGGGAACUGAUCCCAAGGACGUUAAAAUCCCAAGAAUCACUUGGACCUGCGUAUCGGGUGGAACUCCCUGGGUGCCGCCUGCUCAUGACUUUCCCGAUCCCCCACCGCAUUUACAUGAAACCUACGCGCCUAGCAGGCCGCCUUCAACUGCCACCUCAUCCAGGGUGACAACUUCGUCUACUAUCACGUCUGGCGUGACAACUUCAUCUACUACCACUUCUACCGGUUCAGCUUUAUCUGCCACCCCCACGUCUACCGGGCCAACCUCGACAGAGCCGAAUUUGCAAAUUAUGGUAUUACUGCUGUUUAAGAACUAUACUUAG